AUGGAAGCCACCAAGAAAGCGACCUCGAAGGCCGCAGAAGCCGGAAAAGAGCUAGAACCAAAGGUCGAAGAAAAGUUGAUAUUAUUAUGGGAUGAACUCUCGCCGUGGCAGCAGGACAAUCACUACAUCCAGUCAGGAUACCGCGCUCAAUCCAAUUCCUACAUCAAGUCCUGGAAGAGCCUGGGAUAUUUGCACAACGAAACCGUCAACAUCUACACGCAUCUCGUCGGUGCUUUGAUGGCUGCCGUAUCCUCAAUAGCUCUAUACAGCACACUCGCGCCUCGCUAUGGGACGGCUACGCAAGAGGACGUGUGGACGUUUGGCUGCUAUUUUGCUGGAGCUAUAGCAUGUCUGGGUAUGAGCGGGACAUAUCAUACGAUACAAAACCACUCCCAUGAAGUCGCCGUAUUCGGCAACAAGCUCGACUACCUGGGCAUUGUGUUCUUGAUCUGGGGCAGCUUCAUACCGGUUAUAUACUAUGCGUUUGGCAACGAGCCAGAGUUACGAAGAACGUAUUGGACCAUGAUCACGACGCUGGCAGCUGCCACGUCUGUUGUAGCGACACACCCCAAGUUCCGCACUCCGGCACUGAGACCAUUUCGAGCGCUCAUGUUUGUGCUCAUGGGUCUUUCCGCUGUAUUUCCUGUGCUUCACGGUGUUCGACUGUAUGGGAUCGAACAUCUGCGAAAGAGCGUUGGGCUGGAUUGGGUUCUUCUGCAGGGCGCGCUGUAUAUUGCUGGCGCCGCUAUCUAUGCUGCGAGGGUACCUGAGAAGUGGAAUCCCGGGAAAUACGACAUCUGGGGCUCAAGUCAUCAGAUCUUCCAUGUAUUGGUUGUUCUGGCAGCAGCAAGCCAUCUGGUAGCUUUGGUUACGGCGUUCGACUACGAACACAGCCACAGGCUGCAGGAAGUGAUAGCAGCCAAGAUUUAG